AUGCAGAGGAUCGUCGACCACGCUCUCGCUGUCACAAAAGAGUCAGUGAAAACUCUGACUUAUGAGUUCUUGAACAACUUUGCAAGAUUCAUAAAUGGAGUCUCUGCACUUCUCUUGACUCUUAUCCCUGGGAAGGCCAAUGUUCUUGAAGGUCUUCACGGCUGGGAACUAAGGCCUACGUUACGUGGACCUCGUUUACCUCGGUGGAUGCAUAAUGGAGUCUCGUCUUUCAACCAAUUCAUUCAUGAGCUCUCUGUGGAUUCUGAUACUUCAAGCUUGGAGUAUUCCUCUGAAGAAGAUAGCGAUGGCAUGUCUACGCCUCCAUCAUCACCGUUAUCUCAAGGCUCACUCCGCGCUUGGGCUACUCUUCCUGCAAACUACGAAAGCCACUGGACAGAAUGGGUAACCUCCAUACUCUGGUUGGUUUUAAUACCCGCCCGGGUCCUUCUAUGGGUACCGUUCUUUCUCUUUGGUCUUUUUGGUAGACGAAACUCGAGAAUGUCUCCUACGAGCCCUGGAGCUAGGUACAGGCAUACUUCAAGGCCUUACUUUAGCAAACCUAUCCCAGGGAAAGAGCAUCAUGUCCCUAACCGAACUACUGAUAGGAGACGCGGAGUCAUUGAGGAUCUUCAGCUGAAUAUAGAGAUCUAUAUAGAAGCAGUGUUUGGCUUCUUUCACAAGGCUGCACAUCUUCUUCUUUCUCCAUCAGAAACCUUUGGAAUAUUCUUGUCAUGCUUCUCUUCCUCCGGUCACAAAGGAAACUAUGGCUACGAUUCGGAUGAUGAAGUUGUGCAGACUGCCAUUCUAGGAGAUGACGAUCCAUCCCUUACAGAAGAAAGAACCACUACAGGCUUAUACAAUACUGAUACUCGAACCUGUCAAGAUGUCAUAACAGAGCUUGGGUAUCCAUAUGAAGCUAUUCGUGUUGUUACAUCUGAUGGAUAUGGUCUUCUCUUGGAAAGAAUACCAAGACGAGAUGCGAGGAAAGCUGUUUUCUUGCAGCAUGGUGUUUUGGAUUCUUCAAUGGGAUGGGUAUCUAAUGGAGUUGUUGGAUCUCCUGCUUUUGCUGCUUAUGACCAAGGCUACGAUGUCUUCCUUGGGAACUUACGUGGUCUAGUUUCAAGAGAUCAUGUGAACAAAAACAUAUCCCCUAAAGAAUUCUGGAGUUACUCCAUCAACGAGCAUGGAACAGAGGACAUCCCAGCAAUGAUAGAAAAGGUUCACGAGAUCAAAACUUCGGAGCUGAAACUGUACCAGCCUAACGCCGAAGAGGUAUCAAACGAGGAGCAGCCUUACAAGCUCUGCCUUCUCUCUCACAGCCUAGGCGGAGCCGCGGUUCUCAUGUACGUAGUCACACGUAGAAUCGAAGAGAAGCCUCACAGACUCUCAAGACUCAUCUUGCUUUCUCCUGCCGGGUUUCACGAAGACUCCAACCUAUGUUUCACGCUAAUGCAAUACGCAUUCCUUCUCUCGAAACCGAUACUACCCCGGUUUGUUCCGGCUUUCUACAUCCCCACAAGAUUCUUCAGGAUGCUUCUCAACAAGCUAGCUCGAGACUUCCAUAACUAUCCUGCUGUUGGUGGACUGGUCCAGACGCUGAUGGGUAAUGUGAUUGGUGGAGACAGCUCGGACUGGGUCGGAGUCUUGGGUUUGCCUCACUACAACAUGAACGACAUGCCGGGGAUAUCUUUCAACGUUGUUCUGCAUCUUGCUCAGAUCAAACGCAGUGGCAAGUUUAAGAUGUUUGAUUAUGGAAGUGUUUCAGCUAACAUGGAGGUUUACGGUUCGCCUGAGCCGCUUGAUCUUGGUGAGUUUUACGGGUUGAUCGAUGUGCCUGUGGAUCUUGUAGCUGGGAAGAAAGACAAAGUGAUCAGGUCUUCAAUGGUUAGGAAACAUUACAGGGUGAUGAGAGAGUCAGGUGUUGCUGAUGUUUCUUACAAAGAGUUUGAGUAUGCUCAUUUGGAUUUUACCUUCUCUCACCGGGAAGAGCUUUUGGCCUAUGUAAUGUCGCGGUUGCUGCUUGUGGAGCCGACGCAGACGCAGACGGUGAAGAAGAAGGGGAUGAAGCUCAAGAAGAAAAUGGAAACAGCCAAACCGAAUCAUCUAUGA